AUGGCGCCUCUAACACCAGCCCCUGCGAGCCUGAAGAUAACAGGCGUCGCCAUCUACAACGUGUUCUUCCACCCACUAUGCAGAUUCCCCGGAUCAAAGUGGUGGGCAAUGAGCCGCAUACCGUACCUGCUCAUGGUGUGGAGCGGCGACGAACACAAGCAUGUUUUGAGAAUGCACCAAAAGUACGGGGAAGUGGUCCGCUUGGCUCCGGACGAGCUUUCUUUCCUGACACCGCGCGCCUGGGACGACGUUAUGGGCCACCGUAAGGUGGGCCAGGCAGAAAAUGGCAAGGAAGAGUGCUACUCCGGAAGCAUGGGCAAUAGCAUUGUCGCCAGCAAGCGCAACGAGCAUACACGCCUGCGAAGAGUCUUGUCUCACGGUUUCUCAGCCCAGUCCAUGCUCAAACAAGAGCCGAUCAUCCGCAAAUACGUGGACCUGUUCAUCAAGCAGUUAUACGAGAUCGGCGCGGACAACAAACAGGUAAACUUGAUGCGGUGGUAUAACUUCUGUACUUUCGACAUCGUGGGAGACUUGGCCUUUGGCGAGCCGUUUGAAUGCCUCACCAAGCGCGACUUUCAUCCCUGGGUAGCCAUAAUCUUCGACAGCAUCAAGUUCAUGGCGAUAUCGAUUGCCAUGAAGCACUUUCCACUUGUCUAUGAGAUUCUUGAAAGGUGCAUCCCCAAGGAUAUACGAGAGAAAGACGAAGAACGGCGGCGGUUCUCUCAUCAGAAGGUCCUGAGACGCAUCGAGUCGGGGACAUCACGACCUGAUUUCACCGAGUCCAUGAUAUCGCGAAAGGACGAGCAGAAAAUGACGCCAGUUGAAAUACAAGAGAACGCGGAGAUCCUCAUAAUAGCAGGUUCCGAAACCACGGCGACAACACUGUGCGGCGCGACUUAUCUCCUGACAACAAAUCCCAGGUGCCUAGAAAAGAUCAAAGAGGAAAUUCGCUCUUCAUUCCAGAACGAAGAUGAGAUCAACAUCACCAAUACGGCCAAGUUGCGAUAUACCCAGGCUGUGCUGGACGAGACCAUGCGUCGCUACCCUCCUGUAGCAGCAGCAACGCCGAGGCAAACACCGCCAGAAGGGAACAUAAUUCUCGGCGAACACAUUCCAGGAAAUACUGUUCUUGGAGUGUGGCAUUGGCCCAUGUACCACAGCGAGACCAACUUCAAACGCCCUUUUGACUUCUGCCCAGAGCGGUGGCUUGGAGACCCAGAAUUUGCCAACGAUCGAACAGACGCCUUUGAGCCAUUCUCCUUCGGGCCCAGAAAUUGUUUGGGGCGAAAUCUUGCAUACGCAGAAAUGCGCACAAUUCUAGCUAGAGUGAUCUGGAACUUUGAUAUCAAGCUCGGAGAUGGUUGCGAUGAUUGGAUGAAUAAGCAGAAGGUCUGGAAUCUGUGGGAUAAGUCGGACUUGAACGUCUAUCUGACUCCUAGGAUUAAGGCUUGA